AUGCCGCGUCCCUCCCGUGAAGCUCCCAGUGAAACCCUUAGCCCCCUUGAACAGCUUGUCCCAUUUAUCUACGAGGGACUCUGCGGUGUCCGCCAUCCAGGAGUCAAUGGAGGAGACGGAUUGAAGUUCUCCUUUGCCGAGUAUGCCCCCCGAGCCAUCUGCCUGCCUGGUUUUGGCCAUACCCCUGAAUCUGCCCACCUGGCCUGUCGUUUUGUCGCGAACUUGGCUGCACGCCAUCACGCCGAUCUUCUUACCAUGAAGCCCUGGGACUGCCAGUUUUGCGGUGUCAGAGCUUCUACGUUCAACCUGGUGGUCGUCUCGUUUCUCUCCCCUGAAGUUGGGACUGUUGAUCCUAUCCGUCGCUCUGUCUGGGGCUACGGUGUGCCUAUUUGUCGAACCGCCGGGUCCUGCGACCAAAAGGCUGGUCGUUUAACAGCUGAGCUACGCGAUACCUAUAUUUCUGGCCUUGUCAUGCCGUCUUCUCCCUCGUGUAUGAAGUGUGGAAACACUGAGGACCUCAUCCUCUGCAGCGGCUGUAAGGUAGUUCGAUAUUGCUCACCUGAAUGCCGCAAGGAGCACCAUAGAAUCCAUAAGAAAGACUGCCGGGCCGCCCAGCGUGAGAAGUUAAGGGAUAAAAUACAGGAACACCUACUGAGAGAAAGAGACUCUCACUUUUCAAAGUUUAAGAGAGUCUUCUACUCCUAG